CUCCCCUUCACCCCGGGUAGAUAAAGAACACCAACAAAGCACUGCUUAUGGCCCAAGGGCUUCAUUAUCUAUAGCAUUCCUUCUCACUUUCUUGGCGCACAUUUUCCGCGCAUCACCUUUUCCGAGUAACAGCUUCACGAUACCCAAUGUCAACACGACGCAAACCCUCCUACCCCUCCGCCGCUAACGGCCAACCCACUCCACUCACCUCCACCAUGUCAUCCUCACCGAUACGAACUCCCUCCAAUUCGCGCUCACCCUUCUUCCCCACCCGCCUUGAGGCGCUGCUCAUAUCCAUCUACCCCGCGACGCUUGUCCUCGGUUCCAUCUUCAGCAUCCUCUCACCGGCCUCACGCAGCGCGCCCUACUCCGCAGCCUCGCAAUCGCACCCACCAGAAUUCGCACCCUCAUAUUUCGCACAGAAGAAGAACGUCUUCAACGUCUACUUCGUCAAGGUCGGGUGGUUCUGGACAACGCUCGCCUUCACCGUUUUUCUGAUCUUCAACCCAGGGUUUGGGUCUGGGCUCAGCGUACGGCGUAUUCGCGCCGGUUUGAGAUAUGCUAGCAUUACGAUGUGGUGGGUGGUCGUUACGCAGUGGUUCUUUGGUCCCCCGUUAAUUGAUCGCGGAUUCCGAUUCACUGGCGGGCAAUGCGAGACCCUGCGAGAUCCAGAGACUAGAGCUGGAAUGAGCGAUACGAGGGAAUACUUCACGGCUGCUGCGUGUAAGGCCGUGGGCGGGACUUGGAAAGGCGGUCACGAUAUCUCUGGCCACGUCUUCUUGCUCAUCCUCGGGUCCGGGCUCCUCUGGUUCGAAAUUCUGCCUGCUCUCACCCGCGCCGAGGGCCUCCGGGAUGGAAGAAGGAUCCUACUAUCUGACGGAAAGGUGGCACACGUGGCCGUGGAGAAAGACGAGGAAGCUGAUAAAGAGAAACCGGCAAGAAAGGGUGUUAAGACUGCCCUCGGAGUCGCUGCACUCAUGUGGUGGAUGUUGCUGAUGACGGCUGCGUACUUUCAUACCUGGUUUGAGAAGUUUACCGGGUUGUUAGUUGCUUUUUCGGGGCUUUGGAUAGUGUAUUUUCUCCCCAGAGGUGUGCCGGGGUUGAGGGCUGUUUUGGGGAUGCCGGGAGUUUGAGGACGAGACGGAGGUGACAGCAUUUAUGACGACCAUGACUUGGUUGAGCAUUGGGGUAAUGUAACCUCACCUUAA